AUGCCUUUCCAUAUUACUUCACCAAAGAAAUUAUUUGGCGGUGGCUCUUCUCCUUCCAGUUCUCCGUCGACCGCCACAUCUUCGAGCGAGAAGAAUCGCAUUAGUUCAAAAUUUACAUCCAGUAAUAAAGAAAAAAUUGGCAACCAACCGACAUCCAUUAAUACUAAUCACUAUGUGGCACCACAUGAUGAAUACCACGGCCAUAUUUCUGCUCCACAUCCAGAUAACACCCGAUCUUCAACUGAGCAUUUAAGUGUUUCUACAGAAAACCCAUUUUAUUCUACAUAUUCACCUCCAGCCCUGCCAAUCCAUCAUCGAGUUACUUCUCCCAUUGGCUCAGCCUCCUACAACUUUACAAGAUCAAGAUAG